UGUCGCUUCACGCUUCCUAUCCCACAAUGCACCGCGCUCAAUCGUUGGAUCAUGGACCAAAGCGCAGACAAUGAUCUUCAAGGAAGCGACGGCUCGGGGAGUUUGGGUGGCCCAGAUGUCCGCAGGCGAAUCCCCAUCAAGCUCAUAUCCAAACAGCCUGUGAGAAGUAAACCUCAGACGCGGGCGCAGAGAUCGACCAGCAGGCCAUCUAAAAGCCAGGCUGGAGACGAGGAUAACUUUGGCUUCAAACAAGAAGAGAGGUUUGAUUGUGGUGCGAAGGCCGGCGAUGUUUUUGCAAGUCAGAGGAGAUUCCCCCAGCAGCUGUUUUGGGACUAUAAGCUGAAUUUGAUCGGUGAAAGGGAUGAAGUACCUGUUCACUUCUGUGACAAGUGUGGUCUUCCCAUUCAGCUCUAUGGCCGGAUGAUCCCAUGUAAACAUGUCUUCUGCUACGACUGUGCUUUGCUUCAUGAAAAGAAGGGAGACAAGAUGUGCCCAGGCCUCACCCUCUACAACUGCACAGACCCAGUGCAGCGCAUCGAACAGUGCCAGAGAGGUUCCCUCUACAUGUGUAGUAUCGUGCAGGGAUGCAAGCGCACCUACCUGUCCCAGCGUGACCUGCAGGCCCACGUUAACCACCGCCACAUGAGGGCCACCAAGUCCUCGGCCGGCCGCCCGGAGCCCAUGCAUCUGCCACCGGCCUCAGAGGUGCCUGACCGCUUCCGCGUGCCCCCGCCUCACUUACCCAAGAACCACGUCCAUCUCCCGAACCCCCUCCAGCACGGGAGUCACGACCCUUACAGCCAGCCGCCGCCGGCUGCUCACGAAGCCCCACCCCCAUCCUCUGGCCUCGGCCCGGAGACAUUCCGCAUCGCCACAGUAACCACCCGCAAACACAGCAACCUCAUCACCGUGCCCAUCCAGGACGACUCGUCAUCAUCGUCUUCCCGUGACCCACUCCCCACCGGGCCGGGCCCCGCUCAACCCCCCCACCACCACCCUGGGGACUACCCAGGCCAGCCUCCCGUUGUGUCCCACUCUCACCACAUGAUGGCGCCUCCGCAGCAGCACUACGGCCCCCCGCCUCCUCCUCCCCCUCCUAUCAGCCACCCCAUGCAGCAUCCUCCUCAGGGCUCCGGGACACCUCACAUGGUGUACAACCAGGCCCCCCCUCCCCCCAUGUCCUCAGCUCCCCCACCCAUCACCCCGCCGCCUGGCCACAUCAUGGGCCAGAUGCCCCCUUACAUGAACCACCCGCCCCCAGGACCCCCACCACAGCACAGCGGCCCACCAGUCAGCGCCCCCCCGCCUCAUCACUACAACCCAAACUCCAUGCAGCAGUUCCCCGAAGACCAGGGCACCCUCAGCCCCCCGUUCAGCCAGCCGGGGGGGCUCAGUCCCGGGAUGUGGCCCGCUCCCAGAGGGCCGCCUCCUCCACGCAUGCAGGGCCCGCCUCCCCAGGGCCAGAUGCCGGGGCCGCACCACCCCGACCAGGCCCGCUACAGACCGUAUUAUCAGUAAACUGCCAACCGAACGAAUGGGGUCUAACUGUGUCACUCUGUUCCAUACCACUUGUCUGAAUAAUGUGAUAGUCAGCCUCAGGGUUACAGGACGUAGGACUUUCAUUUUGAUAAAACUACCCAGAUGCAAAUGUGUGUGUGGUGCACAUUUUAGUUAAGUGUACUGAACGUCAUGCUGAUAUAGACUCUGAGAUGAGCAGGAAUAUCUUUCUUUCUUUCUUUUUUUUUUUUUAAAUAGCUUAUGGUAAAUAUGUCUGUAUAUAUGUCAGCUGAUCUCAUGCGUACGUACUGUACAUUUAAAGACGUUAACUGUCAAUAAAUUUUUAACGACAGAUUA